AACAUGGCGGGGGUAACUUCCCCUCUCACCUAUCUACUGAAGAAGGGAAAGUUUUAUGAGUGGGGGGGGAGAGCAGCAGGCUGCGUUGAACAGCUCAAAAAUUUCCUGACUACACCUCCAGUUCUUCGGAUUGCAGAUCCUCACCGUCCGUUCGAGGUCAUCACCGACGCUAGCGAUCUGGCCAUGGGCGCAGUACUGUUACAAGACUUCGGCGAAGGCCUCCAACCCAUCGCCUACGAGUCACAAAAGCUGAACCCGGCCGAGCAAAAUUAUCCUGUCCACAACAAGGAGUUAGUCGCCAUCGUUCGCGCUUUCAAAGUCUGGCGCUGCUACCUGACGGGUACUGACGUGACAGUCCGAACAGACCACAAGUCGCUACAGUUCAUCCGCGCCCAACCGACACUGAAUCCCCUACAGAUUCGCUGGCUUGAUUUCCUCGAGUCCAACUUCCACUACAGAGUCACCUACAAAUGGGGGGUUAGCAACGUCGCCGACGCACUGACCCGCCCUUCAGUCCACACCGCCGCAGUCCUAAUUACCCAAGCUAAUCCACUGCUAACUGGCCUAUUCACCCACGGAUACAGUACUGGCCCAUUCUUCACCACUAACAAUCAUCCCCAACUGACGGUGACGAUGGAUUUCGUCACUGGCCUGCCAGCUGGUCCAAGCAGUAACGACACGAUUCUCGUCGUCAUUGACCGGUUGACCAAGAUGGCCCACUUCGUCGCCUGCAAGACAACGAUUACUGCCGAGCAGACAGCGGAGCUGUUCCUCAGGAACAUCGUGCGGCUAAACGGCAUCCCCUUAGCAAUCAUUAGCGAUCGUGACCCACGGUUCACGUCCAACUUCUGGACAAAAACAUGGCAGCAAUACGGCACACGUCUGCAUCUAUCCACAGCGUAUCACCCACAAUCUGACGGCCAGACUAAGCGCACCAAUCAGACGAUGGAGCAGCUGAUUCGCACGACAUGCACAGACCCGGCCCAAUGGGAAGACUCCCUUUCCUUGAUCGAGUUUGCAUACAACAACGCCCCAUCGGCCACGAUUACUCAGUCCCAGUUCUUCCUUAAUUACGUGAUCCGACAAACCCGCUAUCGCCGCCGAUAGAAAACCCGGCACCAAGAUCUCAGC